GGGUCGCCGCAGCUUCGCCCGCUUUCGGGCUCAGCAGCCUGAAGAAAAAAAAGAGAAAAAGAUAAAAAAAAACCCGAAAACGCUUUAAAAUCUGAAAAAAAAAAAAAAAAGAGAGAAAGAAAAAGCGAAUCCUUCUCGAAGAACCCGCGGGGAAGUCACUUUUGCACGCUUCCGGCCUGCCCGCGCCCGCCGCCCCCGCCGCCGCACCUGGGUGUCCGUCGGUCCGCUGGUGAGCCGCCCGCGUCCACGCGCCUCUGCUCCAGCCGCCGGUCCGCGCCGCGUGGCAGCCCCGCGCCCCCGCCCCCCAGCGCGCCGGCCUCCCCGCGCACCACGUGUCCGCGCUGCCCUUCGCGGCCCGGCGUGGAAGCGUCUGCGCGCUCUGCCCCCGGGGCUCGCCGAGUCGGCACCGACAAAUAUUUUGUUUCCCUCUUCCCUUGGCUGCUGUAAUCUUAAACCGCCAGGAGCCCGGGGCCUAUAUUUAUAGAGAAACGCGUGUCCCGGAGGCCGCGUGGGCACCGUUUGGUUGCCUCUUGAAGAAUUUUUAUAAUUUGAAGGGGAGUCCCCGUUUUAAAUUUUUUUUGUUUUUGUUUUAAUUUGGAGCUUCAGACCAGGGCAGCUGAAAAUUACAAACUCCCAGGAAGGGCCAUAUUGUUUUUGAGAACCUUUUGUCUGCGGUCCUGCAGUCUCCAGCGAGCCGUCCCUGAACUCCUUGGCCCGCUGCUCGGUCUCUGCGCCCACUCCCGCUUCUCUCCGCUUCACUCUGCCACCUGUGAGCCGCGGCGCGGGCCCCGGCUCCAAGAAGAGCCCCUUUUGUCCUGUGUGGUCCUCAUAAGAAGUCCUCCUGGCGGGGCUCGGGGUGGUGGGGGCUGGGGAGAUGAACGCUGCAGCCAGCAGCUACCCCAUGGCCUCCCUGUACGUGGGUGACCUGCACUCGGACGUCACCGAGGCCAUGCUGUAUGAAAAGUUCAGUCCUGCGGGGCCUGUGCUGUCCAUCCGGGUCUGCCGCGAUAUGAUCACCCGCCGCUCCCUGGGUUAUGCCUACGUCAACUUCCAGCAGCCAGCUGACGCUGAACGGGCCUUGGAUACCAUGAACUUUGAUGUGAUUAAGGGAAAGCCAAUCCGCAUCAUGUGGUCUCAGAGAGAUCCCUCUUUGAGAAAAUCUGGUGUGGGAAAUGUCUUCAUCAAGAACCUGGACAAAUCUAUAGAUAACAAGGCACUUUAUGAUACUUUCUCUGCUUUUGGAAACAUUCUGUCCUGUAAGGUGGUGUGUGAUGAGAACGGCUCUAAGGGUUAUGCCUUUGUCCACUUCGAGACCCAAGAAGCUGCCGACAAGGCCAUCGAGAAGAUGAACGGCAUGCUCCUCAAUGACCGCAAAGUAUUUGUGGGCAGAUUCAAGUCUCGAAAAGAGCGGGAAGCUGAGCUUGGAGCCAAAGCCAAGGAAUUCACCAACGUGUAUAUCAAAAACUUUGGGGAAGAGGUGGAUGAUGAGAGUCUAAAAGAGCUGUUUAGCCAGUUUGGUAAGACCUUAAGUGUCAAGGUGAUGAGAGAUCCCAGUGGGAAAUCCAAAGGCUUUGGCUUCGUGAGUUACGAAAAACACGAGGAUGCCAAUAAGGCUGUGGAAGAGAUGAAUGGAAAAGAAAUCAGCGGGAAAGUCAUUUUUGUAGGCCGUGCACAGAAGAAGGUGGAACGGCAGGCUGAAUUAAAACGGAAAUUUGAACAGCUGAAACAAGAGAGAAUUAGUCGGUAUCAGGUGAGAGAGAUCUAUACCAGGAAUUUCAGUGAAUCUGUGAGGUUCUUUUGAUUAUUGGNUGAUGAGAAGUUAAGGAAAGAGUUUUCUCCUUUCGGAUCCAUCACCAGUGCUAAGGUAAUGUUGGAAGAUGGGAGAAGCAAAGGGUUUGGCUUUGUCUGCUUCUCAUCUCCUGAGGAGGCAACCAAAGCAGUCACUGAGAUGAAUGGACGCAUCGUGGGCUCCAAGCCGCUGUAUGUUGCCCUGGCCCAGAGGAAGGAAGAGAGAAAGGCUCACCUGACCAACCAGUAUAUGCAGCGGGUGGCCGGAAUGAGAGCACUCCCUGCCAAUGCCAUCUUAAAUCAGUUCCAGCCUGCAGCUGGCGGCUACUUUGUGCCAGCAGUUCCACAGGCUCAAGGAAGACCUCCAUAUUACACACCUAACCAGUUAGCACAGAUGAGGCCUAAUCCACGCUGGCAGCAAGGUGGGAGACCUCAAGGCUUCCAAGGAAUGCCAAGUGCUAUACGCCAGUCUGGGCCUCGUCCAACUCUUCGCCAUCUGGCUCCAACUGGGUCUGAGUGCCCGGACCGCUUGGCUAUGGACUUUGGUGGGGCUGGUGCCGCCCAGCAAGGGCUGACUGACAGCUGCCAGUCUGGAGGUGUCCCCACAGCUGUGCAGAACUUAGCACCUCGUACCGCGGCGGCUGCUGCUGCUCCUCGGGCCGUUGCACCGUACAAGUACGCCUCCAGUGUCCGCAGCCCUCACGCUGCCACACAGCCUCUGCAGGUGAGGUGCACCGCACAGAACGCUAGAAGGAUGCCUGUUUCCACAUGGCUCAAAAGAUGCCUUGCUUUGCGUCCUUUAACAGGUGUUAAAUGCCUGCUCUGUGUCAGGGUGCUGUGUCCUGUGUGAUGACACUGCACUUGAGGGGCUCUCUAGUGGGAGAGAAGGGGCUUGAGAGGGUUUUUCCUGCUGACACUUCACUCAGGCCCCGGAGUGGACAGCCGGUGCUCCCUGCUCUCCUUUUACAAUGUACAGGUGCUCAUUCAGCUCUUGGAGCUUCCAUUUAACGUCCACCUCCACUGGCCUAGUUGGCCCUUAGCUGCUCUGCAAGGCGCUGAGUACAUGAAAGCAGGAAAGAACUUCGUCUUCAGAGGUGUUAAGUUGGGGUGGAGGGUUGGACCUAUAUCAGAUUUUCUAAGCCAGAACCUGCCGUCUCAGUAGCCAAGAUACAGCCAGUUGGUUGGUCGAACAGCUUAGCAGCGCUCAGCUUGGAGCCACCACACUCAGCCUUGUGAUCCGUGAGCUGCUUCCUCCUGCUCUGGGCUAAGCUGGAUGUUUCCCAGAACUUGAUGCUACGUGAAAUAUUUUCUGGUCCUACUUUUAGGGCUGUGACUGUCAUUGAUAUUGCUUGUUGACAGUCCUCAAACAUUUGAUACAAUAAGAACAUUUGGUACAAUAAUGUUGAUAUGGGGUGUAAUUGUAAAUGGUUUGAUAUUCACACCCCUUGACCCGGUCUCUACUGGGAAUUCACCCUAAAGGAAAACUUAUUUUUAGGAAAAGUCUGCACAUACAAAUGUUCACUGUGCCUUAUUUAUUAACAAGGUUUCUGAUUCUUAGGUAACCUUGGGUAAAGUACCAUUAUAACCUUGAAUAAAUUAAAAUCAUUUGAUAGAUGCUUGCCAAGCAUUGUAGGGUUUUUAAUUUU